AUGAAGUCGAAGAAGUCAAGCCACCUCCUCCUAUGGCCGCAGAGAAAGAGAAAUCUCAGUACAGGUAUGGAUUUCAAAUCCAUCAUACUGAUAUCUCCUAGAGCCGAAGAUUUAGAACCCGGCGAACGAACUGUGAAAGAUGCGAGUUCUUUUGCAUCAUUUUCGAUUCCAUGGAAGUUGUCCUAGAUGCAAGUUUCAAUUUCAAUCAUUGACCAAAGCUCCAUUAUGCAGUUUGAUUUAAUUCUAUCUCUUGUUCAAGAUCCGCAUUUUUUUUAAUUUUUUUUAGGUUCAUCUUUCCACAUUCUUACCCCUCGAGCUACAGCCAUUAUCUCCUUUAAUUAACCGAACAUGUGAUUAUUUUGACUGUCUUUUUUUUUUGUACACAGAUUGAUUGAGCUUUUGUUGCUCAGCAGGCUGGUUUUAGCGAUGCAUUUGCUGCUCGUACUCGCUUUGGAUAGGUUAGCAAGAAACUUAGAGAUCAUUAUCGAUUACAGGCACAACCGCUCAUCCCUACUGUGGCAGGAUUCCCUCUCCCAAGAAUCCUCGAACGAGAGAAGACUGGAAAAGCAAAAUUAGUCUCAUUUGAUCCGAAGGAACUAAGAACAUUCAGGAAAGAUCUACCAAGCCUGGAACUCCCCAGAAGUUUGAUAAACAAGCGGUCAAAGUUCACACAAAACCGUGGCCAAGGAUACACCAUGCUCAGAAACGACCACGAGCCCGUAAACCAUUCACGCAUGCUAAUAGCGUGAUAAUUAUGAUAUUUUGAAUGAGUAUCAGGAUAAUGAGGAAUUUGACCUGAAUAAUUUUCAUGGAUUUCAUAGAGAGAGAGCCUUACUGUUAGUGAUGAAGGAGAGGAAGGUAGUGCCAGUGAGGAUGGACAAACCGGAGGAUUUUGCCAUGGUGGUGGAGGAAGACUCAUAGAGCACUAA